AUGAAUACCAGAGGCAUGUUUCUUUUGCUUGUUGCAAUGAUGGUUCUCGCAACACCAUCCAUUGCCAUAAGAGUCUUUCCCCUGAUGCCAAUAGUCGUUCCCGACCCACCGCCACCGCCUGUGCGAAGAAUUUUUCCCCCGAUGCCAAUAAUCGUUCCGGACCCUCCGCCACCGCCAAUGACAGUUCAUGAGGAAGAUCUGGAAAAACCAUUUGCUGAUGACGAAGUGAUCUUCGAUCUAGGAAAAUAUGGUGAAGCUGUUCAUCUCUUUGAGAAUUCCCUUUCGCCAUCAAAUGCACCAGCACCUACUCCUGUCCCAGAACCUGCACAUGAUCACAAACACAAACAUAAGCAUCAUCACAAGCAUGAGCAUGAAGAACACCAUCACAAGCAUGAACAUAGGGAUCAUCAUCACAGGCAUGAGCAUAAAGAGCAUCCUCAUCAUCCACAUGGUUCGCACCAUGAGCCGCAUGCAUUGCCAUUGCCACCAGUUUCUCCUCCGUUAACACCUGCACCUGCACCAGCACCAUACAAUUAA